CUGAAAGUGAAAGUCAAAAUUGAAGUCAGAGCUGCAGUUCAGACUCAUCUCUGAGUUUCUCUGUGAAGAAAUCUAACCUGAGUUCAUCUGGACUUUCUCAGACACUGACUCCGACACUGUGUGUGAAGAUGUCUGCUGCCAGCAAUCUGCUCUCUGAAGACCAGUUUCUGUGCUCCAUCUGUCUGGAAGUGUUCACUGAUCCAGUCUCCACACCAUGUGGACACAACUUCUGCAACCAGUGCAUCACUCAGCACUGGAACACCAAGGUCAUCUGUGACUGUCCCCUGUGUAAAAAACAGUUCAGAACAAGACCUGAACUCAACGUCAACACUUUGUUCUCUGAGAUGGUUUCUCAGUUCAGACGUGAAGCUGAACUCAAAGCCAGCAGCAGCUCAGAGCAACAAGCUGCCAAACCAGGAGAAGUUCCCUGUGACGUCUGCACUGGAACCAAAGAGAAGGCCCUCAAGUCCUGCCUGGUGUGCCUGGUCUCCUACUGUCAGACUCAUCUGGAGCCUCAUCUGACAGUGUCAGUCCUGAAGAAACAUCAGCUGAUGGAGCCUGUGGAGAACCUGGAAGGCAGGAUGUGUCUGAAGCACCAUAAACCUCUGGAGCUGUUCUGUCAGAGAGAGCAGACAUGUGUCUGCAUGAUGUGCACUGUUUUAGAGCACAGGAACCACGAGUUUGUUCCUCUGAGUGAAGAAUGUGAAGGAAAGAAGAAGGAGCUGAGGAAGACAGAGGCUGAGAUGCAGCAGAUGAUCCAGGAGAGACGAGUGAAGAUCAAGGAGAUCAGAGAGUGUGUGAAGAGGAGUAAAGCUGCUGCAGACAGAGAGAAAGCAGAAGGUGUUGAGGUGUUCACUGCUCUGAAGGAGUGUGUUGAGAGAGGCCUGAAGCAGCUGAUGGAGAGGAUGGAGGAGGAAGAGGAAGCCAGAGAGAAACAUGCUGAAGGUCUCAUCAGAGAUCUGGAAGAGGAGAUCUGUGAGCUGAUGAAGAGGAGCUCAGAGGUGGAGCAGCUCUUCCUCUCUGAAGACCACCUCCACCUCCUCCAAGGCUUCUCCUUCCUGAAAGCUGCUCCACCCACCAAGGACUGGACACAGGUCAGCGUCCGUCCAUCAUCAUAUGAGGGGACUGUGGUGAGAGCUGUGGCUCAGCUGGAGGAGACUCUCAGCAAAGAGAUGAAGAAGCUGUUUGAGGCUGAUCUGAAGAGGAAGCAGCAGUUUGCAGUGGAUGUGACUCUUGAUCCUGAUACAGCUCAUCCUGAUCUCAUCCUGUCUGAUGAUGGAAAACAAGUGAGUCAUGGUGAUGUGAGGAAGAAGCUUCCAGACAACCCAGAGAGAUUUGAUAGACAUGGUUUUGUUUUAGGAAAACAGAGUUUCUCUUCAGGUAAAUUUUACUUUGAGGUUCAGGUUAAAGGAAAGACUGACUGGGUUUUAGGAGUGAGCAAAGAGUCCAUCAACAGGAAGGGAGAGAUCACAGUGAGACAUGAUGAAGGUUUCUGGAUGAUAGGUUUGGCAAAUGGAAAUAAGUACUUUGCUGUUGACACCCCUCCCCUUUUCCUCUCUCUGAGUUCUGCUCCUGAGAAGGUGGGGGUGUUUGUGGAUUAUGAGGAGGGUCUGGUCUCUUUUUAUGAUGUAGCUGCUGCAGCUCUGAUCUACUCCUUCACUGGCUGCUGCUUCACUGACAAACUCCUCCCACUCUUCUGUCCCGUACGAAAUGAUGGUGGUAAAAACUCUGCUCCUCUGAUCAUCUGUGCUGUCAAUCAAACUGUCUGAUCUGUUUUUAUCAUUAAACAUCACCAACAAUGAAUAAAGUGGUGAGAAAGUGACAGAUUAACUGUGAUUCAUGGUGAACGAUUCUCUGAUUUCAUUGAGCAGCAGUUUGUACCUAAAGAAACGUUCAUCUGACAGCUUGAACUGGGGUUGGGCAGUAAUAAGGUAUACCGGUGAUGUCUUUCAAAAGCAACGGUAUCAGUUUCAAUACCGUCAUUGAAAAAAAUGGCACUGCACUUAUAUAGAAGAUAAGGAUUAAAUCUAAAAUAGAAUGUAUUCAAUGCCUAAAAAUGAUUCUUUGUCCAGCAGCACUUAUAUGUGGUUUAAUUUUCAGUUUUACUUCCACAGUAGUUUAAUUUUGGAGACUUUUGAUGAAGUUUAUGAACAUGACGUCAUCACGUGACAGUGCGCGAGAGAGUGCAAGAGACAGAGAGAGAGAGAGAGACAGAGAGAGAGAGCGGGAGAAAGAUGGCGAGUCACUUACCAAGUGACCCGGUCCCAAAGAAGAACAGGACUACAGCAGACUGGCAGUAUUUCGGUUCCGAGCUAAUGAGAAGAGAGAGCCGGUAAAAUGCCGAGGCAAUUUGUAAAUUGUGCAAUACGCUGAUUGAAUUUAAUUGAUGUGUGCGCGGUGCAUUCUGCGCAAAAACUGUUCUGGAUGGUCAGGUUAGUUUAAUUGUUUGACUGUUGUAUUUACACCUUUUUAGAAGCUGGUCUUUUUUGUUAUUAAAAGUUAAGGUUGUGAUUUUCAUUUAAUUGAUAUGUGCGGAGCGCAUUCUGCGCAAGACAGUUCUGGAUGGUUACUGGAUGGAUGUUAAUUGUUUGUUGUAUUUGCACUUUUUAAGCUGUUGCUAAUAAAAGUUGUUAAUAAAAGUUGUUAAUAAUUUCCACAUUAUGUUGUUGUUCUUUCAUUAUUAGUGGUUGGGUUUCAGUUUCUGAAUGGUGUAGGGACAAGCCAACAGUUUGGUGAUGCUGUCUGAGCCUCGAGUUAUAUUUUUUUAAUUCGUCAUGGUAAUACCGGAUACCGGGAUAAAAUGUGGAGAUGGUAUGACGGUAUCAAAAUUUGGAUACUGCCCAACUCUAGUUUGAACAACACAAGUAAAGCUGUGAUGAGAAGAGGAAACACUGAGCAGUCAGAGUCAGUAUCAACCUGUUUCCUCUGAGUCUGAUUCAUGGCAGAGCUCCUUCAUGGUUGAAGACUCCAUCAGGAGAGUUUUCUUGUGUUUUUAUGUCUUCAUGAGCAGGAAUCUUUCAGUCUGUGUGUCUUCAAGCUGCAGAGUCACAACAUGAACACAUUAGUUUUCUUCUCCAGCUUCAAGGUUUCUUCAAGGGGAAAUUCAAUUUUGAGAUUUUAUAAUCCAGUUUCACACAAUCUGCUGGAAGAAGUAUAACAGCUGUCUGUGAGGAUCCAAACUGAAAACUGUUAACUAUGUGAUAAUCCUGUUGUUAUUUGUGAUGAUUCUACUUGUAAAAAGUGCUGAAUGUUGUAAACAUGGGCUGCAGUUGAUGAAUUAAAGCUCCUUCGGAUCA